CAAGCUUGUAGCCAAGCGAACCGUUCUUCAUAUUCGCCUUGGGGCCCGCCCCUUCCCAUGGCGCCCUCCCGGCUUUGGCUCCUCGUGCCGCUUCUGUCGGCCGAGCGGUGCGACUGGAGCAAAGACGCGCAGGACACCCCUCACCUGCAGCUGGUUCAAAGGCAGCUUCAGCUGCGCAAGUCCCGAAAGGUGCGGACCUGGGACGAGGCCAGGGACAAGGCGGCGGAGCUGGUGCCGCAGCUCUCCGCGCCGGAGCUCCACCAACUGCUGCGAGGCGAGCAUUUCGCGGUGACGGGCGAGCCGGAUGCGGGCUACUACGUGGGCAACAUCGCCGGGGUGCCACGGCUGGGCUUGCCGGCGCUGAAGAUGCAGGACGCCGGCCAGGGCUUCCGCGCCACGGAGCCCAAGACCGGAGGCACCACCACCGCCUUCCCCUGCAUGUUGGCCUUGGCCUCCACUUGGGACGAAGAGUUGGUGGAGCUCGUCGCCGCAGCCAUCGCCACGGAGUUCAAGGGCAAAGGCGCCAACGUGGUGCUGGGCCCCUCCAUCAACGUGCAUCGCGUGGCGGCGGGGGGCCGGAACUUCGAGUACCUCUCCGGGGAGGAUGGGCACUUGGGCGCCCGACUGACAGCUGCCUACGUGAAAGGAGUCCAGGACCAGGGCGUGAUGGCCGUGGCCAAGCACUUUGCCUUCAACGAGCAGGAGACGAAACGUAUGCUCAUGGACGCGCAUGCAUCGGAGCGCAGCAAGUGGGAGCUGUAUUAUGCGCCCUUCAGGGCAGCUGUAGAGGCAGGCGUGGGCGCCGUCAUGUGCGCCUACAACAAGGUGAAUGGCACCUAUGCAUGCCAUAACUCCGAGAUCCUCACCAACGAUCUUAGAUCAAAGAUGGGCUUUCACGGGUUCGUCAUGUCCGACUGGCUGGCGAUGCAUUCCCCAGAAGCCUUGGCUGCUGGCCUUGAUCAAGAGCAGCCUGGCCUCAUCAACUUGCCCUUCGGCAACAAGUAUGGCAUCCUGAGCGACAAGGUGAUCACUGGCUUGGAUCGGAAAGUGAAGGAGGGCGCGGCCAGACACAUCCUCACCUCCGUCUUCCGCCUGGGCCUCGACUUAGAGCCAGGCUGCGCGCCACCCAACUGCACCAAGGAGCUGACGAGUGACCAGACCAAGGCCAUCACCAAGGGCCAGGGCCACGGGGCGAUCGCCUUCCGCGCCGCCGCGUCGGCUGUGACGUUGCUGAAAAAUACCAACAGCCUCUUGCCGCUGAGCAAGGGCAAAGUUCACAGGAUUGCAGUCGUGGGCAAGGCCUGUCAUGAUGCAGCGCAUGCGUCGUACAUUGGCAAAGGCUCGGGCUUUGUGCAGCCGGACUCCUCUGCGAGGACUCCAUUUCAAGCAAUCAAGGAGAGGGCGUCGAAAGACGAGAUCGAAGUGGUCAAGCCAGAGGGCGACACUGCUGCGGAGGCGGCAGCGCUGGCCAGCUCGGCUGACCUAGUGAUCGUGGUGAUUGGAGCAGACGCUUCGGAAGGGGCGGACCGCUCUAGCCUGGACCUUGGCCUUGACAACGAUGCGCUGGUCCGCGGCGUCACGUCGAAAGCGCCCACCGUGGUGCUGCUGCAGAUCCCGGGGGCGGCGCCGGCCUUGAGAGAGCGAGCGAGAGAGCGUGGCGAUUUGGUGACGGAUCUUUAA